UGCAAGUGAGACAUGUUGACCAUUCCACUACUGCCUUGAACCUCCGACUAGCUCUUGUAUUCUCCUGAUGGAGGCUGGAGCUCCUUCCGCUGCCUCCUGUCCCUCUCUGUGGCUUGGAGGUCCAGCUGAGGGUUCCUUCUAUUUGCUGCUGCCUCUCGACAUCCCUGCUGGUGGGUCACUGGUGCUGACCCCAGAAAAUGGAACAAAUCCUGCCUGGAUUCUGUCCCUCCCAGCAGAGGGUAAGAACAAAACACAAAGUCCACAGGACGAAAGCACGGGACAUCAUAGGCCAUCCUUGAAUGUUUCCAAAUGGGAUGGAAAUAAGGGGAUCCAGCGACAAGACCCUGCAGAAGACCGACGGGCUCAACAUAAACCAAAAUUCAAAGGUCCUACAGGGUCCCUGUGUGGCAAGUCUAAAUCUUACAGAUGUUCCGAUUGUGGGAAAAGUUACCGCAGGAGCACAGAUCUUCUAAGACACCAGAGAACCCAUACUGGAGAAAGGCCUUACCUGUGCCUGGACUGUGGGAAGAGCUUCAGCCGAAGUUCGAUCCUCCUUGAGCACCAGAGAAUCCACACAGGUGAAAAGCCCUACAAAUGCAGUCAUUGCGGGCAAGGCUUCAGCCAGAGCUCCAACCGGAACCAGCAUGAGAGGACUCACAGCAAGGAGAAAAUGAGUAGCCCAGCAUGCUGGGAAAUAAACCAGCAAAGGACAGAGGACCAGAAGAGCCCAUCUUCAAGCAUGAUGAUAACUGUUGAGGGUUCGGGAACAGAGCUGGGAUCCGAAGAAAGAUCUCAGGUGUCUGGAGAAGACCUCUCUUGGAGCUCAAAGUUGUUGAAGUACCAGAGGCACCACGUGGUUGAGAAGCCUUACGGGUGCCCAGAGUGCGGGAAAUGCUUUGCGCGGAGCACAGAUUUCAUCCGACAUCAUAUCACUCACACGGGAGAGAAGCCGUACACCUGUGGAAACUGUGGCAAGAGUUUCACACGUAGCUCUGUCCUCAUUGAGCACCAGCGCAUCCACACGGGUGAAAGACCCUACAAGUGCCGGCUGUGUGGGAAGGGCUUCAGCCAAAACUCCAACCGGAACCAGCAUGAGACAAUCCACCAAACCAAGAAACCUCCCAAAUACCCCCUAAAAAGCAGGGAAACAAUAAAAUGGGGGCUGGGGUUGACUAGGCCACGGAGAAUCCACUCUACUGGUGGGAAAACCUGAUCAGUCCGAAGGAUAUUCAAACUGAACUUGAAUCUUGCAGUGUGGGGAUUUUUUUUUGGCUUGGGGGAAGGGAAACUGCCAUUAUUUGAAAACAAACUAUUCUUGCUACAUAAACCCAGGCAAGAUGCAUAUUUGGACCACGUUAUUGUGGCCAAAGGAGAAGAAUUAUUCCUGUUACAUUUUAACUGAACACAACCUGAGCACAACAUUAUUUUCUCUUUAAUAUGUCAGUCAACAGACUACUUUUAUAUACUGUUAAAUAAAUGCAGUUCUGUCGUACGCAAAUAUACUCAGAAGUGAAUCCCAAUAAAUUGUGGCUAUAGAACUGAGUCUGUUAGAAAGUGGAUCCUCGGUUGGUUAGUUCUUAAUGAGUAGAUGUCAGCAGAUUUUAUUGUUGUUGUUUUGGUCUUUACUAUCUAGUUGGCACCUGGACCCAGGCACAGUGAAAUUUGAUAUUUUGCUCCAUUCUCAACAAUUUGAUGGGAAUAUACUGCCUAACUGAUUUUUGUGCAGUCUGCUACAGAGGAUGUGCACGAUGAUACAAUCACAAUACAUUAAAUGAUUAUCCACUUUG